AUGAUUUUCUUUUUAAAUAUCAUUUAUCAAGAUAUUAACAGAAGUUGUUAUUCAACUGAUGGAAAAAAACUCAAUAGAGUCACAGACCAAUACUCAUACCUCAGAAUAUCAGCUGCAUGUGAAAUAAUAAAAGGACACUUUCAAGAUUCAUUAAUUUCAUUUACAUUUGAAGAUAAUCCUCAAUUAACAACAAUUGGGACUUCUUGUUUUGCGUAUUGCAAGAACCAUACUACUAUCAAUUUAUCGACUUGCAGUAAACUUAAAAUAAUAGGUGAAACUGCAUUUGAAUUUUGCGAAGCAGUUACUGAAGUAAUUCUACCAGAAGGACUUCUUGAAAUUCAAUUCCAAGCUUUUCUCGGUGUUUCAAAAUUAGUAAGCAUUACAAUUCCAGUAUCUGUUGAAAAAAUAUAUAAGAAUGCAUUUUAUCAGAUAUCUAGUCUUAGAAAUGUUCAAUUUAAAGAAGGUUCAAAAUUAACCUCAUUAGAAGAAGGAGUAUUUUCUCUCUUAAAUAGAAUUUCUACAUUCCAAAUUCCAGAAAAUGUCGCUUUUAUACAUGGAUAUGCUUUGGAUUAUCCAUAUUUAGAUUAUCUCACAAUUCAUCCUAAAAAUAAAUAUUUGAUACUUGGACCAGCCAAUUCUGUUUUGUCUGCAAAUAGAAGCAUUUUAUAUUUCGUUGGUAAAAAAUAUUUAUCUUCAUUUGAAGUUCCAGAACAAGUCACAACUAUAAAAACAUUUUGCUUCUUCAGAGCUUAUUUUAGAACAAUAAAAUGUUGA